AUGAGGGGCUAUUCAUUAUGCCUGCGGGCCGUCCUCAUCCUAUGCAUCGUCUACUUUUUGCUCGGAAUCUUUCGGAAUUGGUCAUCAACCGAGCUGCCAAAGGACAUCCCAGUUGAAGCGCCGCCAAUUUCUAAAGAAAAGCCUCCCAUUACCUCGCCUUCUGAUGCGAUCCCAGACAAAUGGCGGGAGUACUGCCAAUUUCUCGAGGAUCCGAUGCACGGAUGGGAAGCCCCUCGAAUCGAGGUGUCCGCGAUGACAACACCCUAUAAUCGGACGCUGCAAUCGUUGACCGGCGUGAUUUCUGGGUUUUUAUACCCUCAAAGAGCCGAGCUAAAACGGAUUUUCGUCAAUUUCUCGGGAAACCAUUUUCUAUGUGCUGACGAGGAGGCGUACUGUAGAUGCGCAAAAGCUGGCGAUUGGCGAAAACAGUAUGAGGAGGAAUACGCCCAAUUCUUCAAAUUGCGCUCCCCGGCAGGCCUUCAGCGGAAGUGCCAAAUUUUCAAAGAGCUACCGGCCACGAGCAGCUUUGUUGAUCCCUGGCAAUUUAUGGAUGCGAUGGUUGGGUUCUACAUCUGCCGGCGUGAGAAUUUGCCCUGUAACGCGAGAGGGGACUGUGUUUCGUAUGGACUGAUGGAUGAGAUCUAUGCCGAGACGACGAGAAGAGGCGAGCAAAUGUUCAUCGACGGGCCGAAUUACAUUGCGCAGAGGGUGCAGCUGGCUGAGGCGAAUAGUGUCAUCGGAAAAUGGCUCCACGUAAUCGAAGCCAUUCAAAAGGAUCCUGAGAUCAGCCAGAUUAAGCUCCUUUCCGCCCACGACUCAACGCUAGGCCCACUACUUCGAGUACUCCGCAUUUUGCCCCAAGAUCCGCCCAGAUACGCCAGUAGGGUAGUUUUGGAGGUCUACUCCGAUCCUAGCAAUGCCCUAUACUUCCGGCUGCUAUUUAAUGGGGAGGUAUUCACAGAAAAGCUCCUUUUUUGCCGAGAAGAUUCGAGCGAUGGGCUGUGUGCCGUCGAGGAGCUGGAGAAUUUCUACAAAGCCGGACUAUGGAAGCUCAGCAAAGAAUUUUCGAGCUUUCGGGUUCUAUGCGAGCCC